GCAUCCUUUUCUCCUCCGCCGCAUGCUGCCUUCACGCUUUUUAGCCUCCUUUCUCCUCCUGCUGCGCCUGUGGGAGGAGGCGGGGGAGGGGGGCGUUAAUGUGCCGCCUGGGAGCGUAGCUGCCUGCCGUGACCUUCGCACACGCUGACCAGACACGCUAAUUAGUCACGCCUCCAGGGAGGUGCACAUUUUAUUUCCUGCUACACACACACGCACACACACACACACACACACAAGGAAGGAAGAGACGCUUUGCAGGAAGGUCAGAGGUCAUGUGGACAGGAAGUGUGACAUCACAGUGUGUGUUUUGUGUUUGGAGCCGCAGGGAAGUAAACAAACAUGUCGGGCAUGACGAGUGGCGUGUGCGUGGAGAGCGAUCUGUCAUCAGUCCUCCAGAGAAGCUCCGCCUCCUCGCACCAUCAUCCAAAUCACCAUGGCUACGGCACACAGAGCCAGGUGUCCACGCUGGCGCCGGUAUUGGACUACAGCAGUGAGAUGGACCGCUACCGCUCGUCCAUCGCCAGCUUCUACAAGACAAAUGUCAACAUGGACGUCACCAGCUUCCCGCCGUCGGCCAAGCUGGCGGCCAGAUUGGCGGCGGCCGCCCCCAUCUUUCCCCCUGCCGCCACUAGACUGGGUGCCAUGGCGGCGACGCCCUGGGGUUGCCACGACAACAUGAACCACCCAGCGGCGGUCUUCUGGGGACGGCCGAAACCGUCCACCACGCACCACCACCACCACCCGCCCCCUCCAGCCGCACCUUCUGGUCACAUGACCCCCUCGCACCCUCACAGCAGUGCCAUGCAUCAGGGCGGUGGGGUGGCAGGCGGGGGGGGAGGCGGGCGACCGGACGAGGGGGGUCGGACAGAAAAACACUCACUUCCUGUCGCUCAAACAGCACACCACCACCCCAUGGCACCGAGCAAUGGGAAUUUCCCGCCCGGCUACGGUGGGGCGGCUGACUGUGGCGUCAACAAGCAAGGACAUGCCCACCCGGACGUGAUGGGCCUAUCGGAGGGGGGCAGCUGCAACGGGGGCGGGGUUAUCGGGAGCAGCUUCUUGGGGGGCCUGGGUUUACCCCCAGGUGUCAUCGUCAUGGCAAUGGGGUCGGCCGGCGGCGGGAUCUCAGACGCCAGCAGUGCUUUCCAGAUGACGGGCAGCCAGCGAGCGCCAACGGACUGCCAGCAGCACGCCAACUCCUCCCCUUGCCCCGCUGCCUCCUCGCCAUCUUCCUCAGGGGUGACCGCAGGGGGUGUGGUCCUGUCUUCGCCGUCAUCAUCAGGGGCCUCGGCUAAGAGGAAGAGGAAACGGUGUGGCGUGUGCGGACCGUGCAGGCGUCUCAUCAACUGCGGCGUGUGUUCAUCGUGUCGCAACAGGAAGACAGGUCACCAGAUCUGCAAGUUCCGAAAGUGCGAAGAACUCAAGAAGAAGCCGGGGGGAGGCGGGGGCGGGGUGCUGGAGAGGCCACCAUCUGUCCCGACUGGUGAGGCCUUUCGUUGGUUCUUCUAGUCAGUCCUGGAGGCCAAACGGGAAGUGGUCAUCAUUGGACUAUAAUGUGAGAGAGAAACUGUUGACAUCUGCCUCCUGGUGGCUGCUUGCUGUAUAUGUCCUAAACUCCGCCCCCACGUGUGAGCAGAGGGCUCAAAGUGUAAAUGAAUAAAUUUUCUUAACCUUAGGUUCUCUUUCUUCAACUCCUAACACCUGGACAUCAAACAGGUGGGCGGGGGUUCGUGUUCAUUUGUGACACACAGCAUAGCCUGUCGGGUCCAGUUCCGACCGGAACCACUUGACCUCCAGGGGUCAUCGUUCUCCAAUCAUGAGAGCUCAGUAGAUCCGACUACAACUUGUCACUGAAGGACUACAACUACCACAUCGCUUCCACGAAAGCAACCUCUGGAUGGACGGACUUGGACCAGAACCAGGCGGCAUCCACCGAGGCACAAAAUGUCAACGAAAUCCAGCAACAAAUAAAGACACCCCUCCUCCACAAACACGUCAGAUGAUUGCAUCAUUCCGGGCGAGCGCAUGCACGUGAGGAGUGCUCAUGUGAAUAAGUGGUGAGGCAGAAGUCUGGUUGCCGUUGACGACAGAGCGCCGUGUUGCCAGGCAACUGCUAACAAUGGACCUGCCAGUGUUCCACAAUGUGGGCGUGGCCUGAGAGGGGGAAGGAAAUGCUUGUACACAAUGAUCCAUGACACUAUUUGUCAGUGUGUGAACG